AUGGGCCAGCGACACACUCGACGCUUCUCGCUCUCUCCGAUGGCACAGGAGUUCGUUCCUGGCGCCCAGGACUACGGAGGUCCGCUCCCGCACGUUCCACCACACUACACCCCUUCGCCUCUGUCGCAAAUACAUAAUUCUUCAUCGUCCAGGUUCCCGCGACUGCCAUCACCCGAGUUUCCCUUCUACAACACCGACCGCCCAUACUAUCGCGAUGAAUGGACAAAGGAAGAUCGUGCAUCCUACCAGCUUGAGCAGGACCAGCCUGAUCAAGCUCAGAGUUCAGCUGAAAGCAAGGAAGAGUCUAUCACCGACGAUAGCACAUCCACAGAGCAGGGCAAAUCAGGGCCUCAGCUUGGGAUGACCAACCAAGACCGACGCUCCGAUGACCGUGCCGCGUCGACCUCCCACAUGGACCGUACUAUCGAUUGCUCCUCACCAAACAAGACUUUCGAUGACCACAAUACGUACCAGUCAUCCCCAGCUAGCACCUACGCCAUCAUCGAGACAUCAACUCCCAACCCCUACAGCAAUGACAACGGCGAUACGAACACAACCAUUGCAGACUACCACCCCCUCUCUUCCAUCCUCGCCACCAUCGAUAUUGAACUACCCUCGAUCGCCACCACCGACGCCGAGAUCGACCGCUGGCACUCCGACGCACUACUUCCACCAUCUUCGCGGCGGUGGCCGCAAAUGCUGCGUACGCCGAAUCAUGAACCUGGUGCUAUCGGUGACGAGCGCAAGAAUGCGGUCGAGUACGCUAUGAAGCGGGAGAGAUUCAAGAGGGAACACAUUGCGGCGGCAAGAGCAUUUGCUGACCCAUUCGGCACCAGGAAGGGCAUCAGAUUCUCGAAUCGAAUGGGAGUUAAAGAAGAAAAUAACGAAACUGUUGGAGGGCCCUGGCCGGCGAGGCUGGGUGGAAGCAGCAGCGGUGGAGUCCACGCCGGUUUUGGAAACGGCGGCCCAACGUACACCAUUGGUCGACAAAUGCACCAUGGAGCUGUGUUAAGGACGCAGCAAGCCAGCCAUGACAGUGAGAAGCAGAAGAACACAUGGGGCAGGAUGCAGGGUGCGGAUGGAAAGAUGGUUGCAAGGCGCCUUUCUCCUGAAGAGGGCGAGGGCAAUUCCAGGGAUAGUAGAAACGGCAGGUACAUAGACAAUAAGGUGUAUCUCACCUAA